CGGCUUCCCGCCGCCAUAUUGAAUCCGGGAGCCGGCGAAAAAUUCAUAAAUCGACAUGUUUUCUCGGCUCGCACUGCGAACGGGUGCUGUACUACGCCAGCAUGUCACAAAACAUCCAGUGAUUGUAGUUGCUGCAAGGUCAGGUUCUACAGAACAAUGGGACAAAGCCAAUGCCAUAUAUUAUGGGCCAGAGCGUGAUGUUAAAAACUUCCCCAUCACCAAAAUGGCUGAAAAGACUCCAAAUACUAGAAUGGGAAUCUUCCCAGAAAGUUGGUUUAAAUACUUAGAAGAAAAAACUGGAGUUUCUGGUCCAUAUGUACUCGGAACUGGUGUUGUCUUAACAGCUUUUUCUAAAGAACUAUUAGUCAUCGACCAUACAUUUUCUGAACUCAUCUCUUUCUGGAUUAUGUUCGCCUUAGUAGCUAAAAAAUUCGGUCCAAGCAUUGGAAAAUACCUAGAUGAAUUAUCAGAAUCAUACAUGAAAGCCAAAUGGCACCAACCUAUUGAAGAUGCCAAAGUGAACUCUAAGGAAAUGAUCAAGCAGAUUGAUGAAGGUCUUUGGAGGGAAGAGGGACAAACACAUCUCUUUGAGGCAAAAAAGGAGAAUGUUGACUUGCAGUUAGAAGCUCAAUAUAGGGAACGUCUCAGUGAGGCUUACAGAGCUGUCAAAUCAAGACUAGACUACCAACUAGACAGACAGAAUACACGCAUUAGGUUUGAACAGGAGCACAUGGUUAACUGGAUUGUACAGAAUGUUAUUAAAGGAAUCACCCCACAACAAGAAAAAGAUGCUAUAUCAAAGUGCAUUGCAGAUUUAAAAGGACUGGCUGCCAAAGCAUGAUUUAAAUGAACCUUAGGAAAUUACUUCUACAGAGACAAUAUUUAUUUAAAAAAUGUAUGAUAGAAGACUGAUUAACCUACUACUGCCAAUAGUGAACUAUGCCAUCAAUGUGUGUUUAGUAGACUAGUACAUUACAUUGUCUACAGUGUUAUUUGCCUUACUGGAAAUCAGAUUGUUUUAUGUAAUAUAAAAGUUCAUACAGAAUAAAAAUUUAAUGUGUUGUAUUCAUUAUUAAUUAUCCAAUCAACCAAGAGAACAUCCUUCCGCCUGUCCUGUCCGGGAAAUAACUCUUAAUAUUAGCCCGAUAUCAUUUCAGUUAUGGUAUCCAACUUUUUAUGUUGGCGGUCUGCAUAGGUGGACCAGUGAGAUGGAGACUGCAUAUUGGUGUAUGUCAUACAUGUUUUAGCUCCAAUUGUUUAAAAUAUGUAUUGGAAAACCAGCUAAUAUAGCAAACUA